UCUGCCCGGUGCGCGCCGUCCCGCUCCCCGCCGACGGCAGCGGAGCGCCCGCUCCCAGCCGGGCUGCGGCCGGCGGCGGGGCAGCCGCGCCGCGCCGAGCCCCCUGCCCUCGCCAUGCCCAGAGCCUUCCUGGUGAAGCGCCGGAGCCCGCAGCCGGCCGUGCGCAGCUGGGAUGGGCUGCCCGACGAGGAGCGAGCCGACACCUACAUCCCAGGCGGCCUGGGCUGCGUGCUCCUCGGCUACGAAGACAGCUGCAGCCUGGAGAGCAGCGGGAGCAGCGGCACCAGGGAAGCGGAACCCAGCGGCCCCCUGACGCCCCAGCCCGCCACCACCGCCGCCGGCCUGGGCGCUGCCGGGGGGAUGCUGCUGGACUUGGCCGUGAGGCGCCCCGCGGUCAGGUCGAAGAUCAAGUUCACCACUGGCACCUGCAGCGAUGCCGCGAUGCACAGCUGCGAGCUGUGUGGCAAAGGCUUUCGUCUGCAGCGCAUGCUCAACCGUCACAUCAAAUGUCACAGCCAGGUGAAGAGACACUUGUGCACCUUCUGCGGGAAAGGCUUCAACGACACCUUUGAUCUGAAGAGGCAUGUCCGGACCCAUACUGGAAUUCGUCCUUACAAAUGUGAGAUUUGCAACAAAGCAUUUACCCAGCGGUGUUCUCUCGAGUCACAUCUCAAGAAGAUCCACGGAGUGCAGCAGCAAUAUGCCUACAAACAGAGGCGAGAUAAACUUUAUGUGUGCGAAGAUUGUGGCUACACGGGCCCUACGCAAGAGGACCUAUAUCUGCAUGUUAGUAAUGUUCACCCUGGAAGUGCUUUCCUGAAAAAAACCUCAAAAAAACUUGCAGCAGUUUUGCAAAAUAAACUGAGCCCUGUCCUGCAGAGGAACUCCAAAGAAGAUGACAAAGAUGAAUAACGCAGUGGAUAAUAGUGGUCUAAAUGAAUGAAGUUUACACGUAGUACUAUAUAUAUAUUAUUUUUUUAAAAAACAAUUUUGAAAGAAAUUUCUGAAAUAGCAGGGAUGCUUUUUGUUAAUGGGACUCUAUUGAUGUUGACAGAACCUCAACUUGAAAGAAAUAUUCCCGUAUAUGAUGCAAACAUCAGACUUUUUUGGUCAAAAAAAUGGAAAGCUUGGAAGGGGCUAUGUCACCUAGUUAAUGGAGAACUUGCUGAAUUGGCAUUCAGGCAACCAGUUUUCUUUUUCAGCUCUACCACCUGGCUGAGUGGCCAUAGACAAAUAAUUUCACCUUUCCCAAUGCGUCACCCCAAAGAGCUUUGGGUAGAAAGUGCCACGUAGGAGCAGCUAUUAUUACAUUGUUCUCAGAUGAAAAAAUAAUUAAAAUGGCCUUAAGGAUAGGAGUACAUGGUAUCAGUAAAUGAAAUUGAAAUGCACAGUGAAUCUUAACUCUGCCCACCUGGGCAGUAAACUAAUGAUUUAUGGAUCUGUAAGCCAAGGUGAGCUGAAACAGAUUUUUUUUUUUUUUAAAGGAUGCAGAAUUUUUCUCUCCUACACUUUCUCUUCCAGGUAGUGACAUUAUUCCAGGGCAGAGUUUAGGUCAUGUUGCAGGUUUAGGUACUUUAAGCUGUGAACUUAUUUUAUCAUGUUUAGAUUUAAAUGUGACCUUAACUCUGACUCUCCUGGACUUAUGCUUACUUUGGGGAUUACUACCACAUCCCUUUAAUCUACAUCAAUAUUAAGCCAGAAACCCAAAGAAAACACUUUAAUGACUUGAAGAUAUGUAUUAUCUGUCAUGAUGACAUGCAAUUUUAUGUGUAUUUUAUGGUGUGUGUGUGUGUGUGUGUGUGUGUGUGCGCGCGCGCGCGCGCGUGUGCACACACCCGUGUGUGUGUGUGUGUAUUUUGGGAUUUUUUUUUUUUCCUUCUUAAUGAACUAUCAAGUGCCUGUUCACUAACACGACAAAGCAGUGCAAAGCAGUUAGGAGUGAGCCUUAGGCUGCCUCUGCCUCAUGAGAUCAGUGCAAAACUGUAUGUGUGAAUCUGGCCUCUAAUUUUCAGUGCCUCUUGGCUGAGAAGGCUUUUGGUGAGAAUAAUGCUGCAAGGCAAAGAGGCAGUGAUAUUGAAGAUGAGGGAGUGGUACUACAUCUCUGUGCUUUUAGGACUCCCCUGCAUCUCUGCUCCAGCCCCUGUUGACCCAGGAGAACCAAAACAGGGAGGAUCAAGAGCAGAUUUAGUGAUUAAAAAAAAUGGAGAGAGGGGUGUCCCUAACUGCCAUCACCAAGACCUCCUGACACACUUGAGGGUGCUUUAGAUGCUGCUGAGCUGCUGCAGCCCUGACUGGGCACUUGGCUGUAUCAGGACAGACAGGGUAGGAUGGUAACAUCCUCAGCAAGCACAAGUUAUGCUGGUCCAAGCACAUGUUGUUUGUCUGGCUCUUAUCUUAAUGGACACGGCUGCUAAACAGGUUUCUAAUUAACUUAAAUACAUAAUAAUGGCUUUACUUAUAAAUUCCCCCAAAUGCAUUUUGUGCUCAAAAUAAAGUUGUACAUUUGGGGGAGAUGUGCUACAUUCUGUAUACAUUAAAAGAAAAGCUGAAAAGUAACUCGACCUGAAAUGCAGAGUCACAGCCACUACCUUCAUAAUCAUUAUAAUUAAAAUGAUAGAUUUUGGGUGUCUUUGUAAGAAUCAAAAAUCUUUUCAAUUUGCCUCUGUCUUAUACAGACAUCUGCUUGGGCUCUUAUGGGGAAUAGCUUUUAGGUUUUUUUUUUUUUUUUAAAGCAUUUCUAAUGAUACUACUAUUUUAUUCAACAGCCCUGUGGGUGCUUGGGACCUUGAAAACAUUGAUAAUAAAGUGAUGCUACUGUG